AUGAAGACAUUGGAACAGUGCUUCGGACGGCCAGAAGUGAUUAUUGAUCGUGCCUUGGACGAGUUAAGAAAGACGUCCAAGCCCGGCUCAACGGCGACGGAACUCAACAACUUCGCGAUCAAGAUUCAAAAUGUUAUAUGUGUGUUGCGGAGUAUGGAUCGCCGUGAGUACCUCUAUAAUCCACUUUUGACUCGUGAAGUGUUAGAAAAGUUGAGCCCGCACAUACGAUCACGAUGGUGUGAUUACGCCUAUGAAAAUGAAGGAACGGCUGACCCAGAGAUCGUAUUGUCUCGCUUCCUUAUGCGAGAAGCGGACAGAGCGUUGAAAUAUACGUACGCUCCGUCUGCGGGAACGAGCAGCGCGGCGAAAAGAGAACUCAGACCGGCCAUCGCGAUCAAGAGAAAGGCGAGCAACGUAUACACACUUGAACAAGAAGAUAAACAAGAGUGUCCGGCAUGCAGCGAGGCGCAUGUGUUAACGCAGUGCCCUAAGUACAAAGCACUUAGCGUCGAACAGCGAUGGAACCUGAUCAAAGAAAAGAAGCUGUGUUUUAAGUGUGCGAACAGUACUCAUCGGCGCAUAACAUGCAAAGCCAAGCUGUGCGGUGUGGAACAAAAGUGUCGUCGUCCGCAUCACUCAUCGCUGCAUCAAGCGGAAAAGAAACCGGAAAACACAGAGGUACGUGACAAGGAACAAGUAUUGUCAGUGACGCCGAAAACGAACGUCGGCGCACGCACCGUGCUUCUGAACAUGUGCCCGGUCGUAGUCGCCGGUCCACGGGGGGAGACCAUUCCGGCAGUGCUUAUGAAGUUGAAGCAUUUAAGGGACCUGCCGGAAGAAUUGUGCUAUGAACGAGCGCGCCCAGGCAUCUUAUUGGGCGCGGAUCAUUGGGAGCACAUUGUGUCGCGAGAACUGCGAGUUGGCGGCCGCAACGAACCGGCUGCAUCAAGGACGCUACUCGGCUGGGUGCACGGUACGUUACCACGUAGCGUCAUAACAAAGAAAGAAAACGUGCUUCAUAUAUACGAGCGGGAGCACGACGGACUGCAUAACCUCGUGGAAGAUCACUUCAAAAUAGCGCUCGGCGUCACACCAGAACCAAGAGUGAGUGACGCAGAUCGACGAGCCAUCGCCACAUUGAAGACGUCUAUAAGGAAGAUAGACUGCGGGUACGAAGUCGGCUUGCCGUGGCGACAAGACAACACCGCCAUGCCGCCGAGCUACAACGCGGCACUUCGACGCCUGCGACAAAUCGAGCACAAGAUGGACGCCUCGCCUGAAUUUGCCCGCGAAUAUACUGCACAGAACCCGAACAAGCCUGGCAAGCAGAGGUUGGUGUUCGACGCAGCGGCGACAAGUCACGGGGUGAGUCUGAACGACCACUUACUGGAAGGCCCUGACAUGUUGAUGUCUCUCGGAAUAAUGUUUCGGUUCCGGGAGAGCGCUGUAGCAGUCACAGCGGACAUACAAGAAAUGUUCCUGCGAAUCAAGAUCCGUGCCGAAGAUCAGUCAGCGCAGCAAUUUCUGUGGCGCGGUAACGACCGAACCAACCCGCCGCAGCGAUUUAAGAUGACCAGCAUGAUCUUCGGUGCAGCGAGUUCACCAUUCAUGGCGCACUUCGUAAGGAAUCACAACGCCAACGUGCAUGCGCAGCUGUAUCCCAGAGCAGCGGAGGCCAUCACCAAAUAUCACUAUAUGGACGACUUGGUGGCCAGCUACGAUACACCCGGAGAAGCGCACGAAGCCAUAGAGGAAAUGAAGACGGUGCACGCGGCGGCGGGAUUCACUCUGCGCGGUUGGAACUCGAACGACGAGAGUGUGCUUCGCGACGUGCCCCAGAGUUGCGCUCGAAUCAGCCCACGCAACUGGGGAGAACAUCAACACAGCAAGAUAUUGGGACUGCGGUGGGACCCGAGCGAGACGAGCUGGGAUUCAACACAGCAAUGA